AUGGCGGUAAAAGAGCUCGUUACCAGUCCUCCUAUUGUUUUCUCCCUCCCAGCGCGAAUACCUCGUUUCGCUUGUUUUGUCACGACAAAAAGAUAACGCGUCCUUCUUGGAAAAGCGAUUCUUGCUUGUAAUCCUGUGACAGAACUAAGCUAAAGCGACAUAGACGAUAUAGACCAAGAUGAGGUGUGUGCUUAUACCAAUCCUGGUUCUUGCCGUGUUGCUUCCAGUAGCCGAGAGCAUUAAGUGCCACUACUGUGAAAGUGAUCAGUCUGAUUUCCGGUGCUUCUACGCGCGAGAGGAAAAGGAGUGCUACGAACAGGGCUACAAAUGCGGCAAGAUCAUGUACAGAAUAAGCGGCAAGUCCUACUUCAAGCGCGGAUGUGUUCUCAAGGCUUAUUGUAUGGACCAGGACGCCUACUGCAGAGCCAAUCCAGGCCGGAGCAACUGCGAAGUCUAUUGCUGUGAUUCCAAAUUCUGCAACUCUGCGCCCCCAAGCAAAACGGCCAGCGUAACCCUUUUUGUACUCGCCUCAGCAAUGGCUUGCCUCUUUGUCAGAAACAUUUGACUUGGCUUGUUAAGUCUUUAGAAAUACGUUUACUUUGAAAGGUAAUCGAGGAUACAUUCUCCAUCUAUCUGUGAUAAUAAGUCUAAAGGUCAAGACUUGCUAGGGCUGGGUGGGAGUGUCGUUGUGAUGUUCGUCUCUUUCUGUACGCAACACUUUAAAGCGUGAUAUAUCACAUAUAAGAAAAUUAGAUUCAAGCAAAAUGUGAAACCAUUCCAGCAUCCUUUGAUCCAUUUGUAGAAAUUCUCUUACACAUAAUCAUUAAAAAUGGCAAUAUAGUCAUAAAGAAAUUGAUGCUGUGUAUGGAACGGAAUUUGCAUACUAGCAAGUUCGAGGACAAUUGCAUGUAGGGAAGGGUUGUUUUGAUAAUAAAGUAUUUUAUAUAGUAGUUUUAAUGCCACCAUUCUGUUAGAUUGUAAAAGUAGGAUACAUCUACUUUUGUAAUGGAUAUGUUUGUAUGUCCCGUAUGUCACAGUAGAGCAUAUACGUAGAGGAUAAAAUGAUUAAAAGUGUUUUUACCAGAA